AUGUCCGCUGCCGCCGCCACUGUCUACGUAACCGACGACUACUCUGCCCCCAUGUCGGCCCAGCACAACUUCGCCAACCACUACGACUUGGACAACCCGUCCGCCUCCAUGAGCCUCUACGCUCGCGUCAUGCAUGAGCACACCAAGCAUCAGCUCGAGAGCGCAACUAACUCUGCCCGGAGACGGACGCAGGGUGGCAGCUCCACCAGUCUCUCCACCGACUCGAGUCGCGGCUCCGUCAGUUCCACCUCGUCUUAA